CUCUCUUUGCUUGUCUGGGUCAUCUCGUCUGCCCGUCGUCGCUGGCCCCAUCUCUCUCUCUCUGACUCUCUCAGCAGCUGUCUCUCUCGCGCCUGCUGGUGCCUCUCUUCCCCGCAGUCGCCUCCUUCUCUGCCUGCCUGGGUGGCCGCCAUGGGCCGGAAGCGGCUCAUCACUGACGCCUACCAAGUCGUGAAGAGGAGGGAGGGGCCCGCUGGGCACUGCAAAGGGGAGCUGGCACCCGAGCUAGGAGACGAGCCCCAGUCCCCCAACAAGGAUGAAGCAGAGCUGGAGCUGUUGAGGCAGUUUGACCUGGCCUGGCAAUAUGGGCCCUGCACAGGGAUCACACGGCUGCAACGCUGGCAUCGGGCAGAGCAGAUGGGCUUGGAGCCUCCUCCAGAGGUGCAUCAGGUGCUGAAGACCCACCCUGGAGACCCCCGCUUCCAGUGCAGCCUCUGGCAUCUCUAUCCCCUGUGAGGUACCACCUAGGACCUCCUGCCCUUGGCACUGCUGCUAGCCACCUGAGGACCUCAGGACAGAAGUGAGAGCCAGCUAUUGCCGCUCAGCUCAGCUCUGCUGUGGAGAAGCCUUUGGCAGCUGAAUCUGGAGGUCUCUGUGGCUAAGCUUCUCCAUCUGACCAACAGGCUCCUGUAGCCCCUCUGAGAGCCGACACAGGUGAAGCUGAGCACCUCCUGGAUGAAGAAUGGUCUCAGGGGACAAGGACCUGGCCAUGACCCUUCUGAUGCCUGCCACUUGCCUCCCUGACCUAUGGUGUGGCAAAUUAGGCAUAGAUUGAGUAGGCAGAUGAUUUAAGAGGCAAAGAUGCAUCCACCUACAGCUGGGGAUCCAGGACAGGACUGGCUGAGCUCACAGGGCAGGGGUUUCACUAAAGCUUAUCAAUAAAGAAUAUUGAGCCUGGAA